GCCGAUUGCGUGUCCUUGACGCAACAACAUUCCCCGUCAAUACAGCUCAAAUCUGUUUAUCGCCGAGUGGAUAUUUUGCUCGUUGAUAAUUUCUCCCGAACAGUGCCGGAUUUAGGCUAUUAUGGCGUCUUUGGGGGAACCUGUUCGACUGGAAAGAGACAUUUCUCGAGCCAUUGAAUUGCUUGACAAGCUCCAGAGGACGGGGGAAGUGCCUCCCCAGAAACUGCAGGCACUGCAAAGGGUCUUGCAGAGCGAGUUCUGUAAUGCUGUGCGAGAGGUGUAUGAACAUGUGUAUGAGACAGUGGACAUUAAUAGUAGCCCUGAAGUCAGGGCCAAUGCCACAGCCAAGGCCACUGUUGCAGCGUUUGCGGCCAGUGAGGGGCACUCACACCCUCGCGUGGUGGAGCUGCCUAAGACUGAGGAAGGACUUGGCUUCAAUAUAAUGGGAGGGAAGGAACAGAACUCUCCUAUUUACAUCUCACGCAUCAUUCCUGGGGGAAUUGCAGACCGCCACGGGGGCCUCAAGAGAGGCGACCAGCUUCUUUCUGUCAAUGGGGUGAGUGUGGAGGGGGAGCACCAUGAGAAAGCUGUGGAGCUUCUCAAAGCUGCCCAGGGCACUGUGAAGCUGGUGGUCAGGUACACUCCUAAAGUCCUUGAGGAAAUGGAGUCCCGCUUUGAGAAGAUGAGGUCUGCAAAGCGCCGGCAACAGAACAGCUAUCCCCAAUAGUGUUUUUUCAUCACUGGCACGCAAUUCCCUCAUCUUUCACCCUCUUCCAGCCAUCUGUCCCAGUCACAAUUUUAACCUUCAUCUAAAACUUAGCUCACUACGUUUAGUAUGUAUCCACAUAUAUUAUAUUUCUACCUUUUCUACAACCUACCCCUUCAACUUCUGACACUAUCCUCCACACCACGACUCAAGGCAAACACUAGAUUUAUCAUAUUUCUACAAGUAGUUGGUCAUUCACGCUUUACAUAUGCAUUACAUUUUGGACUGACAUAUUGGAUGCCAUUUGAGGACCUGUGAGACCCACCACAGAGGUUCAUUGAUUGAAGAGAUGGUAUUUUUUUUAUUUUAGUACAGCCUUUAUAAAGUGCCUCAGGGCAAUACAAAUGUAUUUGAACUUGUACUGUCAUUCAAAUUACAAAACUAAGCUCAGAUGAUUCAACACUUCAAUGUCAGGUUUACCAAGCAUUUGCAGGAAUGCAAACGUCACACCUGCUAUUUUUGAGAGCGAAAAGAAACUGGUACUAAUAGAAUAUGUUUAGGAUAUAAGGGUUAUAGAAUAAAUAUUAUUGAAGGAAUUGGGUAUUGUGUGUAAAUUGAUAUAGACAUUUUGUGUUUACCAGUAUAUGAAGGCUAAAUGGAGACCGUUAUGUUUUACCAUUGUCUCUGUUUAGUUUUUUUUCCUCCUGAAAAUAACCGGUAUGAUCAUUUUGGUAGAUCUGUGUUUAGUAUUCUAAUCUAAAUUCUAAAUUGUUAAGGAAUUAAAUAAUACAUUCUCUGAAUUUAUUUUUAACCUCGUGCUGAUGUUUUCACUGUCUUACAAACUUUAAAAAAAGAUUUUGCUGACUCAUAAAUUAUUCAACAACUUCUAGCUUUUGCAUCCCAUGAAUGAUUUAGAGCCUUCAAAUGCGUAGGUUUUCAGUGGGCUGGGAGAAGGCUUUCUAAGAUGCUGUGCUCUCUUUUAAAAUUCAGAUAACCUUUUCCCCUUAUGACAGUAAGGGGGGACAGUAUACAAUUUUGAGACCUGAGGCAAACCUGACAUUUUAAAUAUUUCAAAAGAGCAAUAAGUCAGAACAUUUUGAAACCAGAGGGGUAUUUCACAAACCGGGUCAGUGGAUUUUGAGAUUCCCCAAGAAAGCUGCUUGCCCGUAGUAAUUUUAGUUUUUCAUUUCUUUGAGUUACUUUGCUCUAUUCACACUUCAACGGUGUGGCCAACUCAUUCAAGGUGGGUGUACAGUAGGUUGGCCAACUUGUCGCAGCGAUGACGAACAUGCCAUUGUUGUCCAACAUCAACUGAUGUUUCCAAAAAGCAUAAACGAGAAAAAGACAGUAUUGCACUACCACCAGCAUGGUUGUUUGAAAUAGGGUGCUGCUACCUGCUAUCUUUCAACGUGAGUAAACUCCUUGAAUGCCAUUCAUUAAAAAAUGCAUGAAAUCUACUGGUAUGUGAAACCCACCUUCAUUAAUACAGUUCAUAAUAAAGACCAAUAACGUUGCUAUGCUGUGGUUGAGUUAACAAAGCCAUAUUUUUGGUUGCUGACUUACAGGUUCGAAUAAUUACUUGUACCUAAUUUUAUAGCUCAACAUGUCCCAUUUGGGUGAACUAUCCCUUGAAGAUGUGAACAUAACUUGGCAUCACUGAUUUCAAUUCCAGAUAUUAUGUUAAUUUUCAGCUGAAUAGCAUAGUUUGUAUUUUAUCUUAUGAUGGUCACUUGUGAAUGUACUGUGUAAUUCCAGUUAUAUUGAUGAAAUUAGAUUUUUUUUUUUUUUUGCUGAAUUGAAUAAAAUGUAUUCUUCUAAAUCAUGAAACAUUUUGUAAUUCCUGCACUCUAAAGUUUUCUUCACUUCAUAAAGAAAUGAUUCUAUGUUCUAUUCAUUCUUUUAAAAAGAUGUGUAAAGUAAGCAAAGGCUUAACAGAUUUGGCACCCCAUAGCAAGUUGGUUACAUGUCAGCUUGCCCCUUAGUAUGAUUACUGAAAUGUCCUUGUGACUGACAUGAAUGGUUUCAACAGAAUGUUCAGGACAGUUACCUUGCCAAUUCCUAGAGCUUUGUGAAACACCCCUCAGGUUUCUACCCUCUUAUAUUUUGAAAGGGUCAAUAGAAUAUUUUUCUAAGUGUUUUCUUUUGAUAUUUUUAUUUUUUACAAGGGAUUUUCAUGAGAGAAAAAAAAUCCUGAAAUGAUUUGUAUUCCUUUUCUGACUGUUAUAUUCUUGUUUUGAGUACCAAGACCAAACUUGCAACAAUUAUGAGAACUAUUUGAUAUCAUAUUGAAUGUUUGCUUGUUUUGGACUGUUAGGUCUACUUACAAAAUGUGCUGCUCUCAGUUUAUUCUGUCCAUUUGUAUUGUAUAUUGUGUUACAAAAACUGCACAAAAUAAAUUAUACCAUGAAAGAUG